GCACAGUUGUGGUACCGAGUUGCUUUCAAGACAACAGCUGAACUUUCCAUCAUCAUUCCCCCUCCUCCCUCCUUGAAGGGGGAAGUGAAAUUAGCCCAGCGUGCUUUGAGUUUAUUUAACAAGUUCAGCUCCUGUGGCCAAUAGAGACUAACAGCAGAGGGGGAGAGAAAAUCGUUGCAGCCUACAUGCUUUGGAGAUUAAAUAAGGCCUUUUAAAGGGCUUGGACAGAGAUGCUGGGUCUCUCCCCACCCCAUGUGGAAUGUUAUGUGCCUAUCCCAGACUUCACCACCAGGGCCACAGGAAUUUUGAAGAAGAAGGGGAAGUUUUUUGGAAUUUAGUGCAUUUUCUGUUGCACCCACUUUGGGCUGUUUUCCAGGCCAGUCGCUGCUGUCCAGACACACCCCUUUUUGAAGAGACUAUUUAAGGAUGAGCUUGAGCACAGCACCCUCCCAAAGGCAGAGAGGCAGGGAUGCACAAAGCGAGGGGCUCAGGAUGUCUGACCACGCCGGGGCAAGAACAACCUUCACCCUCAUUCUCUUUGUCCUGGGGCCUGGCUGGGCAGCAUCUGAGGCAUGCACGUACCCUUGCCAGUGCCCCGUGCAGGCACUCCGGUGCCCUGCUGGCACCAGUCUUUUGCUGGAUGGCUGCGGAUGCUGCAGAGUGUGUGCCAGGCAGCUUGGCGAGCUGUGCUCACUCCAGAAGCCUUGCGAUCACCACAAAGGGCUCUAUUGUGACUUCUCCAAGAUCCACAGAGACAGCGGCAUCUGCUUAGCUCAUGAAGGGGCGACCUGUGACCUGCUGGGCAAGAUCUACCUUAACGGAGAGAGCUUCCAGCCCAGUUGCAAACUGCGGUGCAUCUGCAUGGACGGUGCCAUUGGCUGCGUCCCCCUCUGCCCGGACGGCAUGCGCCUCCCUUCCCCCGACUGCCCCUUCCCCCGGCGGGUGAAGGUGCAGAACAAGUGCUGCGAAGAGUGGGUCUGCGAAGGGGGCAGCAGCCCAAAGAGCCACUACGGAAAGGGCAUGGCAGUUUACAGGAACAACCCAGUUCGCAAGCCCAAGAUGAACCACCUCCAGGAGAACUGCUUGGUGCAGACCACAGAGUGGAGCGCCUGCUCCAAAACCUGUGGGAUGGGCAUCUCCACCCGGGUCACCAACGACAACCCCCAGUGCCGGCUGGAGAAGGAGAGCAGGCUCUGCCUUAUCCGAUACUGCAACGUCCCCUUGGAGAAGAGCAUCAAGAAGGGAAAGAAGUGUGUGCGGAACCCCAAGCCCCGCCGGGCAAUCCGCUUUGAGUUCACGGGCUGCACCAGCACCCGCUCCUACCGGCCCAAGUUCUGCGGCAGCUGCACGGAUGGGCGCUGCUGCACUCCGCACGUCACCAGCACCGCGAAGGUGGAGUUCCAGUGCCCGGAGGGAGACUCCUUUGUGCGCAAGAUGAUGGUGAUCCGCUCCUGCUCCUGCCACCACGACUGCCCCGCAGACAAUGACAUCUUCCUGGCCACCUACCACCGGCGCAUGAUUGGGGACCACGUCAAGCUUGAGAGGCAGUAGAGCCCAUCCCCAUGCCACCUCCAUGAUGC